CCGCCAGUGGAGUUUGGUGAGUUGCGUGCGAUGGAGGAGGAGUUGCGUUGUCCCUCUUGUAAACAGUUCUACACCAGCCCCGUUUUGCUGCCUUGCUACCACGCUCUUUGUCUCAGCUGUGCCGUGCACCUGCAGCAGCCCGCCCAGAGCAAUGCCAUCUCCAACGCCGAGAACGCCGAAAGCGUGGCCUCCGGCAGCUCCGGGGACUACCAGGAGAGCGACAAGUUGUCCAUCUUGAGUGAAACGGACAGCGGUGUGGUGUGCACCUCGCGCCCCAACAGCUACGUGGGCACCCCCAACGGGGGGCUGUUCCCCAGCGCCCUGAGUCUCGCCUGUCCCCUGUGCCACAAGCUGGUGUAUUUCGACGAGAACGGCGCCCAUAACCUCCCCAAGUACCGUGUGAUGCAGACAAUUGUUGAAAGGUAUAGCGAGUUCAGGAAUUUCACGCUGAAAUGUCAAAUGUGCGAGACGGAACCGGCGAAAGAAGCCACGGUUAUGUGCGAACAAUGCGAGGUGCUUUAUUGCGAGACUUGUCGCGAGUCCUGUCAUCCAGCGAGGGGGCCUUUGGCCAAACAUGUGCUCACAGAACCGAAACGGUGUUCAGGGACUGCGAUUAGGAAUAAGGACGAUAAAUGCACAGAGCAUUCGGAGGAAAACUUGAAUAUGUACUGCUUAGUGUGCAAAAUUGGUGUUUGUGCUCUGUGUCUGAUGGAUUCGAGGCAUGCUUCACAUGACGUCCAAGCGCUUGCCAUCAUGUGCAAGGCUCAAAAGACUGAAUUAUCUCAUAACUUGCAACAACUGUCUGAGCGAGCUCGAUCAACGACAGAGUUCAUCCAGCGUCUCAAGGGAAUGAGCGAUAAAGUUAAUGAAAACUGUGAAGAGUUCGAGGCGAUGGUAUCAGCUCAAUGUGACGCAUUAAUCGAAGCCAUUCACCACAGACGCGCUCAACUACUCGAAUGCAUUCGCCAAGAUAAGGAGUUAAGGGUUAGAGCUUUAAAGGAACAAGUCACUACCUGCACUAGUAGAUUACAGCAAACUACAGCUUUACUUCAAUUCUGCAUCGAAGCUCUAAAGGAAACAGAUAGCUCAGCUUUUCUCCAGGUCGGUUCGAUGUUAAUCAGCCGUGUUGCAAAUACCGACCAUUCCUGGCACAAAGAAUGGACAGCUCCACGCGUUUCACCCCAUUUCGAUCUCACUUUAGACGAUAAGUCCGUCCUAAGAGCGAUUGAUCAGCUCAAUUUUAUUCAAAUGAAACCGUACAUUGAUGGAGAAGAAAGAAUGCCUGCAGCACCAACUGCACCAACAAUCAUACCCGAAGAAUGCAGUGCUGAAAAUAACUCAGUCACAGUGGCGUGGCAACCUCCAGCUCACAGUCAUGUCGAGGGUUACGUUUUGGAAUUAGACGAUGGAAAUGGGGGCGAUUUUAGGGAAGUUUACUGCGGAACUGAAACAAUAUGCACCGUAGACGGGCUUCAUUUUCACUGUAUGUAUAAUGCAAGAGUCAAGGCCUUUAAUAGUUCAGGUGAAGGGGAAUACAGCGAACUUAUAGGUCUGCAGACUGCUGAAGUUGCUUGGUUUACGUUUGACCCGAUUUUGUCGGGCCCUGGCCUCCAGUACUCCGAAGACAGCGCAACAGUCACCGGCGAAGGCUGGGAGCAUAGAGUGGCUUUGGGUAGCGUUGGUUUCAGUCGCGGUGUUCACUAUUGGGAAUUCACUAUAGACAAAUACGAUGCUGACACCGAUCCAGCAUUCGGCAUUGCCAGAAUAGACGUGACUAGGGAUAAGAUGUUAGGUAAAGAUGACAAAGGAUGGUCCAUGUACAUUGAUCGACAAAGGUCGUGGUUUCAACACGCCGGAGGGCAUGAACAAAGGGUUGAAGGUGGAAUAACAGCAGGCUCAACAGUGGGAGUACUCUUAGAUUUGAAUCACCACGUCCUGUCUUUUUUUGUCAAUGAGGAACCACAAGGAGCGGUCGCUUUUAGGGAUUUGUACGGAGUGUUUUAUCCAGCUGUUAGUAUUAAUCGGGGAGUUAGCGUCACUUUACAUACGGCUUUGGAUCCUCCAUCCGACUGUGAAGAAACUUGAAGUGAAGCACAAUAGUCGUAUUUUGCGUUUUAUUGGUCCAAAGUUCUUUUCCUGAAAAAAUAAACGAUAAUUAUACUCUUUUUCAUAUUAAUGUGCGGUCGAUUCACACAAAAAGUCAUUAAUGUCAUUCAGAACAAAUUUAAUCA